GUAAUCGUUGUUGUUGCUAAAUGAUUAAAAUUCUCUUCAUUUCAUAAGAUCCUCUCAGAAAUAAAGAUUGGUAAGAAGCUUGGUUUAAGAAAUUUUUGUCCAAACAAUAUCAAGGGAACUGAAGUCUUUGGCUGAGAUUUUAACCUUAAAAUAGGUCAAUUAAAGUCACUGGAAGGACACUGAACAGUUUAGAUUGUUGAUAUCUAGAUAGCUAGCUACUUCAACAUGACAACAGGUGAAGAGGACCAUGACCCACUGGAACGGGCCCUGAUUGAAAGCCUCGAAAAAGACGAAGAAGUCCCUCUCGAUUUGUACACAGCAUGUCUAAUAGGUGAUUUUAUUACAGUGCGCCAGCUAAUACAAUCUGGAGCCGAACUGGACAGGAAGAAUAAAAAUGGUGGCUGGACUCCUCUGAUGUAUGCUGCGUAUGUUGGGAGGGAUACCAUAGUUAAUUUGCUACUUGAAGCAGGUGCAGAUGUGAAAAUAGGUACACCAAAAACUGGCACAACUGCCCUCAUGUUAGCAUCGGCUUGUGGUAAUGAAUCCAUAGCAUAUUUUCUUUUACAGCAAGGGGCAUGCGUAAAUAAAAGAGACAGAAAAGGCCAGACUGCCCUUUUUCAUGCUGUUGAAGGUGGGCAUAUUAAUGUUGUCAAGCUUUUGCUUGACUGUGAAGCAGAUAUUGAAUCAAGACAGUCUCAGACGCAUUUGACACCACUUAUGGUUGCAGCCAUCGAGGGUCAUGCAGUCAUAUUUAGCAUGCUCAUUGAGUAUGGAGCAGAUCUAAACGCGAAAUCCCAGUUUGGUGAGACUGCCGUCAGCCUGGCUCACAGCUUUGGUAACAUAACCAUCAUCAACAUUGUUGAAAACAUGUGCCAGAAAACAGACACAGCCAACUUGAGAGGAGAACCAGGGCUAUUUGCAAGUGACAGUGGCAUUAGAGACGGCCCAGAAAAAAUUGCAAGGCUUACUAGAGAGGCGAGAGCCGCAGCAAGCCUUGAGAACAAAAACCAAAACGUCAGAGGCCGUGACAUGGUUGCCCCCAUCGAUGCCAGGGACUACGAGCCUGUAGAAGCGUCCUGGUCUCAUUCAGAAUUUUCGGCUCUAGAAAAAGAAAUGGCUGAUAUGGCGUUAGCUGACAAAAAUUCGGGGACAGAGAAGCCGACAUCAAGUGACAAUGGAAUAAAAGGCGAUAUUUCUCAGACCAUCGUGAUACCCUCGAGAAAGAAACGGGUUAGCCGGAUUUGCUACGAGCCUCCCAAACACCAAGUUUGGUCACCUAGUCAGGAUCAGGGGAAAACAAACACGGAAUCGUUAGCUGAUGUUCUCGAGAACUUAAAGCUCUCAAAAUAUUAUCCAUGUUUUGAGAAGGAGGACAUCGAUAUGGAUACUUUUCUCACUCUAACAGAUGAAGAAUUAAAGCACAUUGGAAUCGAUAAACUGGGGCCAAGAAAGAAAUUACUAACCUUUAUAUCAAAAAAUUCGAGACAAAGGAACAACGAUGAUGCAGGCAAUACGGACGGAGAGCAGGCCACAAAUGCAGACGCUGAAACUGCGAUUCAGCAGGCGCAUGCGUACGUGGAGUAUUUGCAAGCACAAGUCUACACAGAGAAGCAAGGAAGACACGAACUUGAGUCAUAUUUCGUUGCAGAGAGGGGUCGUCUCGAUCAGAUUCAUAAAAGCUCAAAACAAAUAAAGAAUACUUUAAACGAAAUUUUAUCGUUGGUGGAGAGCUUAAGAACGAAUAGCAAGACCACCUCCGAACAUCUAAAUUCACUUUACAAAGAUUUAUCAUCGGAUCAAAAAGCUGCUAGAAAAUUGGUAGAGGAAUUGUUGGAAAUGCAAGGACAAUCGCUUAAUAUUUCGAGUAAAAUAACAUCGCAUAUCUCGUUCAGUUUCCGCACUAACCAGUUUGUUAUUGGCCUUUGUACGAAAGACCAUUCUGUUGAGAGCUGAUCUAUUCCUCGAUUUUAAAUUUAUAUUUGUAGUCAUCACAUAAAUUUUAUCUAAAUUUUAGGUAUACCUGGGUGUUUACGACUGUGAACUCACCUAGACAAGAAACUAUUUAUUCCAGAAAUGUGUUUUGAUACAGUUGAUUCCUGUUAAGUCGGAACUUCAAGGGGGGAGGAUAAACAGAAUAGUCAAACUUAGCCGAUGUCCGACUUAUCUGGAGAACGAAGUUUGAUUUGUAUAAGGUAGAAAUAUCAAAAUCCGAGGUAACUGGGAUACAACUCAACGGGAUUCAAUUGUAUAAAGAUAAUGACGAUAGAUUUCAGGAAGAAGUCUUGAUAGAAUAAUUUUUCGUAAAAAAGUCUUUGAUAAUAUUAUAGUAACCUCUUAUUUGUCAUUUUCCUUUGAAUUAACAUUUCGUAAAAGAAUUUUUUAUACAAUUCUCUUGCUAAACCCUGAAAGCCUUCGAAUGACCAAACUCAGUCACGAGAUUAAAUCUGCGCAGGGUUUGGGGACAAUUGCCCCUCUUGCCCUGCCAUUGUUUAAGCCAAAGGCCAUUGUCCUUCUCUUUUUAUAAGAAAAGGCUUGCCACCAUACCCCCCUCCCCCAGCUGAUUUCAAAAAGUAUCGAAUAUGUGUUGAUUUUUGUUCAAAUUUUUUUACCACGUAUGAUAACUCUUACUUCAGACCUAAGUUAUUCCUUUUGUAAAUUACCACGCUUGGAAACCAGGGAAAUUUCGAAAUCGUCUGCAAUCCACAUUCAGUACUAAAUAAGUCGGUUUUUCUUCUAAUUUCUUUUCACUAUUUCUAUUAUUUUGCCCAGUUCUUGUAUGAAGCAUUUUUGAUUGACUUUACAACUUUUUCAAACCUGUUUCCUUGCUUUCGAGCAAUUAGUAGCAAUUUAUGAAAAUUAGAUCUCCCUUAAAAAUCACCGAUUUGGUGGGCAGAUUUAAUGUACCCUUUUAGCCAGAUCAUUGUUGUACACAUUUAUUAAGAAUGAUUAAUUAAAUUCAGUGAAACAGUAAAAAUUUGCUUUUAGCUUGCAUUCUGACAGUCUUAGUUUUUAUUCUCCAGCACUAAAUGAAUUUUUCUACAUCCCUAAGGCAACAAUAUUUAUUUGGGAUCAAUAAGAAAACGUUUUAAAUGAAGUUAGUUCUUUAUUCCUAGACAGUAUAUUUAAUUUGUCAAAAUAAAUUUCUAUAUAGUGCCUAAUUUAAGGGGAAAGCCUUCUUGAAUAUUUUCUGUUGUUGGAAGUUAAAAAUAGUAACAAAGACUAUUUCAUAUAAACUAAUUCAGCAAAGGUGGAAAAUGCCUUUUGCCUUUUUCAUAAAGCUAUAGCAUUACUUACAUUCUUCUAAGCUUGCUUAACUUUUACCAGUUUCCAAAGGCUCUAUGCUUGUUACUAUGCAGAGAACCUAUAUAAAAAAUGCCAUAAACAAUUUAUAAAAAAACGAUGCUAUCCGCCCAAAUGAAAUUUUCUAUGAAUCGAAGAAAUCACAUACUUAUUUCGAUAUGAGAAAGUUUUUAGUAAAAUUUGCUUGGUUUUAAAACGGAAUAGCCUUUAAUAUUUCAAAAAACACUUUCAAUAGAAA